UGGUUACAUUUAAUCUUUUUCAAUUGUCUCUUCCCCCAAUUAGGUAUCUAAAACCAACUUCAUUAAUUAUCACUUUUUGGCUUUUGCUUGAUAUUGUUAACUAAUUGCAUGUUCUGGUUUAGAAGUCUACAUGCUAAAGACUGAAAGAGCUAAUGUUGUGUUUGUGUGGUUUUAUCGUAUUCACUUCGGUUCAAAUCGACACAGGCGUAGUAUUUUGGUGGAGAACUGGCCGUAGAAUAUUAGUUCUUAACAUAUUUAGAUGGAUAAAUCUUGGAUUGGAAAACCAGGAACACACACCGGAAUAUGAGCGUGGUUUGACACAAUUUCUGGACUUUGCAUUUAUGAAUGCAGCCGUAGCAGAUAGAAUUAAAUGUCCGUGUCGUCUCUGCUAUUUUACAAAGUGGCAUACUAGAGAUAUAGUGCACGCCCAUUUGAUCUGCAAGCAAUUUCCUCUGAAUUAUAUCAUUUGGGUUGUACAUGGAGAAAGUAAUGUGUUGAAUAAUUCUCCCAAUAUUGCUGCCAAUUUGCUAAAUUGGGAAAAAAUUGAAUUCGUAGUAAGUCAAAGCACCAUGAACGUGUCUGAAAUUUCUUCAAAUGAUGAUGUUGGUAAGGUGCUAGGAAAAGAGCAUUCUGGAAGGGUGAGGUGCUUGGGAUUAGGAGUUGUUCCUAGCAGAUCCUUUAAACAAACAUGUCCUCAUUUUAGCAGUAUGAGUUCUUCAACUAGUAACAGUUCAUGUCCAUCCAAUUGUCAAGAAAACUACACUCAAAUGUUAAAUGCUCAUAAGAAUAGCCAAGAGAACUACAAAGAACUGGUGAAUUCUCACAAUCUAAUGAUGAACGCUUUCAAGGCAUAUAUGAUAAUGAAAGAAGGCACGAUACCUGAACAGUUUGCAGGAUUUUUCACUACUACGGUAAAUAAUUUUGAUUUGAGGAAAAUUAAGUUAAUGUAUUAUUAUAAAAUAUUUAGUAUUCAAAAACCUUACUAUUUUUAUUUUUACUUUUGUAAUCAAGUGAUGUCUCUACUUGACCUCUUUCGGAUGUGAAUGGAAGAUCAUCUAAUGAAAGUUAUUCUAGUGAUAAUCAUUGAAAUUUGUAAUUGUAUUAGUAAUUAUGAUAAUGUUAUCGAAUUGGUGUUGGAGACGUAUUUUGUGUUGAAAUUAGUUUUUAAGACUAAUGACAAUACUUUUGUUGUACGUUUUUAUGAUCUAAUAUAUAUUGAUUUUUGUUGUUAUUAAAAUGUAUUUUUGUUUGGUCCAGUGAAUGAUAUAUAUUAAAUCUAUUAAAUAAAAUUCAAAUUUAAAUAUU